GGGCCCGCGGCAAUUAACAGCUCCCCAGGCCGCCAAAGGAGCCGCAGUUCAGAGGACUCCUUAUCGCCGGGACCUAAUCUAGCUAGUGUGGUGAGAGGGAGAGAAUUCUCCCCCUCGCGGCCGGGAGCCCUUUGAGAGAGGUUUCUGCAGCCUCCCCAGCGACGCCCGGGUGGAAAAUCUGAGCGGGAAACGGCGCACGUAGGGUUGGGAGGAGUAAGAGGGCUGGCCUGGUCGAUCGGGCCCUUCAAAACAUUUUCCCCUCCGAUGCCGCUGGGCGCCCUGCGCUCCCGGCUGUGAUUUGCAAUUAACAAAACGAGCGUCUCUCGCCUCGCCUCUAAAUAUCCCAUCAAAGAGCAAUUAGAAAGGGCCCCCGCCCCUCGGCCCGCCUCUUUUGAUGUGGAAAUGCCGGCUCCCUUUGUGUGACCCCUCUGCGCUCUCGCCGAAGAUAAGGGUGGAAGGGGUUGCUUGCAUUGGGUUGGGGGACAUCAAGAGGAAUUCAGAUGUUGACAGUUCGCAACCUGGUUAACUUAUCUCGAGCGCGCUUCAGGCUGCAGACGUGUUUGCUUAAAAGAAACCGUGCAUGCAAAACAAAAAAACAAAACCCUCGCGCCAAGUUAUGUGGGAGCUUCGAGCCAAUCCACAAACCCUUUGAUAUCAGGAUGAUCCCACUGCAAUAAGAUAUAUUGCUGCAGAACUUAUGUGGAUUGCAACAGUGUCUUGAAGCAAUUUUUGUUUGUUUGCUUUAAUCAAAUCAAGCCGGAUCGCCAUUCAUCCAUCCAUUCAUGCAUUCUGUUGCAUUGAGUAAGAAAUCCAUCACCGUUGCCGGUUGGGCUAAUCAUCCAAUGAGCGAGUCCCCUUGCGCGGGUGCAGCGUGGCAUUCUCCCCCUCCCUCCGCCCGGGAGCCCUUUGAAAUCCCAUCCUUGGCCGUGCUGCCUGCCCUGCCCUCCUCCCCGAGGGGCGGGAAUAGUCAUGGUCUCUGGGGAGUAUAAAGUCAGCGCAGCGAGGCGGUCUAAGAUUUGCUGUAGCUGCUACUAGCUGCAAGAGGUACGCUUUCUCUGGGAAUUAACGCUGGUUUCUUGCAAGCCGAAGCUGAUUUUUUUUUCGCUGUUGUUGUCGUCGUCUUUUUAAAAACUUGACUUGGAUUCGAACCCGUGACCCCCUUGCUCCUGUCCCUAGCAAGCAGAGAUGUUACAAGCGGAAAGAUUCCCUGCGCUGUUUCUGUUCCUGGCGGCCGCCCUGUGUUUUUCCAGGGCUGCCGUAAACGCCGCUUUCAGCUCGAACCUGGUGCAUUCUAACGCCAUCAAGAACGUGCCGGCAGGAGGCGCUGUGGCGGGCGCGGGUUCCCCCGCUAACGUAGAGCUUGGCGACUCUGGGCUGCGCGAAGCAGGCAACAAACACCCAGCCGUCGAUGCACACCAGCCUUCAGCGUGUGGCGGGGACGAGGACUGCAAGCCCGACGAGUUCUGCUCCGUCUCCGGCCGCGGCGGCCUCCACGGAAGCCAACUCUGCCUCGCCUGUCGGAGACGCCGCAAGCGCUGCCUCCGCGACGCCAUGUGCUGCCCGGGCAGUCAGUGCAAUAACGGAAUGUGUAUGCCGUCAGAACAUAGUCACUUCCAUCCUGGGGAUAUUGAGGAGACCAUGCUAGAGAACUUUGACCAUGGCACUUUCGACCCACAUUCCAAAAGGACCACAUCUUCAUCACAGCUACACUAUCUGAAAGGCCAAGAAGGUGCCAUCUGCCUUCGCUCCUCGGAUUGCGCCUCAGGGCUCUGCUGUGCCCGCCAUUUCUGGUCCAAGAUUUGCAAACCUGUCCUUCAGGAAGGCCAGGUGUGCACGAAACACCGAAAGAAAGGAUCUCAUGGUUUGGAGAUCUUCCAGCGAUGUUACUGUGCAGAUGGGCUGACAUGUCGGCUACAGAAAGACCACAGCAACACUUCCAGACUGCACAGCUGCCAAAGACAUUAGCUGCCGCUUUCUGAGAAGACCUGAUGGACUUGAUAGACUUUCUAAUGAGGUGUGGGGACUCUUCUGUUCUUCUGGAAGAUCACCUCCCAAAGACUGACUGACAUAUUUCAGAGUUUACAUUUAAAGUUACUCUGGCAACUCUCCCUUCCUGGAGCUGGAGUGAAGAGGCUUGUUUCUUUUAGGGAACUAUUUUUUUCCAAGUGACUAAUUUACAGUAAAUUACUGUGUCUGUAAAUUCUUGGGUGCGGCACUUGUGUACAUCAGCAGGGAUUUCAAUGUUGUUGUUUCGUUCCUAGAGUGCUGCGUGAUUCCGUCUAUUGUGACAUGUUUUGUACACACUGGUUUUUAUGAUAUUUGCUAAGUGAAAUAAAUAAUUUCUCAUUAUA